AUGGCUGCUUUAGCAGGAGAGCUGCUGGGAUCUGCUCCCUGCUGGGAGGGAUGUGAGGAUGGAGAAACCUGGAUUGAAGCUGAAUGGCAGCCAGAGCAAUAUAAAACUGAACCAGAAUGCAAGAACGAGGACAGAACUGGAGCACCUUGGGAUAGAUGUGAGUACCAGCCUUUGCACCGGUUAAAGCUGCCUCGGAAAGCCAUGGCUGCCGCCCCUCAUCUCAACUCGGAUGCCCUCCGAGAGGUCCUGGAGUGCCCCAUUUGCAUGGAGUCCUUCACUGAGGAGCACCUGAGGCCCAAGCUUUUACACUGCGGGCACACCAUCUGCAAACAGUGCUUGGAGAAACUCCUGGCAAACAGCAUUAAUGGGAUACGGUGCCCCUUCUGCAGCAAAAUCACGCGGAUCACAAGCUUAGCUCAGCUCACUGACAACCUUACUGUGCUGAAGAUCAUAGACACCGCCGGACUGGGGGAAGUGGUGGGUCUUCUCAUGUGCAAGGUCUGUGGCAGAAGGUUGCCAAGACACUUUUGCAAGAACUGUAGCUUGGUUUUAUGUGAGCCCUGCAAGGAGGCAUCACACAUGCCCCAAGGGCACAGAGUCAUUGCUAUUAAAGAGGCUGCUGAAGAGCGUAGGAGGGAAUUUGGGACGAGGCUUGCCAGACUUCGGGAGCUCAUGGGUGAUCUGCAGAAAAGAAAAGCAGCUCUGGAGGGUGUUUCGAGAGACCUGCAAUCUAGGUACAAAGCAGUUCUGCAAGAUUACAGCAAAGAAGAGCGCAAGAUCCAGGAAGAACUGGCCAGGUCCCGCAAGUUCUUCACCACUUCUUUGUCUGAAGUGGAGAAGGUAAAUAAUCAGGUAAUGGAGGAGCAAGCUUAUCUGCUGAACUUAGCAGAAGUGCAGAUCAUGUCUCGCUGUGACUAUUUCCUUGCCAAAAUAAAGCAGGGAGAUAUAGCUCUCCUGGAGGAGGCAGCAGACGAGGAAGAACCAGAACUGACAAACAACCUCCCGAAGGAGCUGACUCUUGAAGAGGUCGAACUCCUUAAGGUGAGCCACGUGGGGCCACUGCAGAUCGGGCAGGUGGUGAAGAAGCCUCGGACCGUUAACAUGGAGGAAUCGUUCAUGGAAACCGCAGCAUCCUCAUCGGCGUCGUUUAGGGAGCCUGACCUGGUGCAGGAGGAAGGUGGCUGCACGCCCAAUUCCUCGCCAGCCAAGCCACGGAUGCCUGAAGCAGCCACGAGCAUCCAGCAGUGUCACUUCAUCAGGAAGAUGGGCUCCAAGGGCAGCCUGCCGGGGAUGUUCAAUCUCCCCGUCAGCCUCCACGUCACCCUGCAAGGCGAGGUGCUUGUGGCAGACCGAGGUAACUUCCGAAUCCAGGUUUUCACCCGCAAGGGCUUUCUGAAGGAGAUUCGCCGGAGCCCCAGCGGAAUCGAUAGUUUCGUAUUGAGUUUCCUGGGAGCGGACUUGCCCAACUUGACUCCCCUUUCUGUCACCAUGAACUGCCAUGGCCUGAUAGGUGUGACCGACAGCUACGAUAACUCUGUCAAGGUCUACACCAUGGAUGGUCACUGCGUGGCCUGUCACCGGAGCCAGCUGAGCAAGCCCUGGGGCAUCGCCGCUCUGCCUUCGGGGCAGUUCGUAGUGACUGACGUGGAAGGAGGGAAACUCUGGUGUUUCACAGUGGACCGUGGCGUGGGGGUGGUGAAGUACAGUUGCUUAUGUAGCGCAGUGCGCCCGAAGUUUGUCACCUGCGACGCCGAAGGGACCAUCUACUUUACUCAAGGGUUGGGGCUUAACCUGGAGAACCGGCAGUACGAGCACCAUUUAGAAGGAGGCUUUUCCAUUGGCUCCGUUGGCCCGGAUGGGCAGCUGGGACGCCAGAUCAGCCACUUCUUCUCCGAGAACGAGGAUUUCAGGUGCAUUGCUGGGAUGUGCGUCGAUGCCAGGGGAGACCUCAUAGUUGCUGACAGCAGCCGUAAAGAAAUCCUGCAUUUCCCUAAAGGAGGUGGCUACAAUAUCUUAAUCCGGGAAGGACUCACCUGUCCCGUGGGUAUCGCCAUUACGCCCAAAGGGCAGCUGCUGGUGCUGGACUGUUGGGAUCACUGCAUUAAGAUCUACAGUUACCACCUGAGAAGAUAUUCCACCCCCUAA